GUUUCACGAGGGGGCGCAGGCAGCCACGAAGGGGAGGAAGAAAGUGACAAGAGAAGGCGGAACACUCACUGAAAAACACUUUUAGCUUUGCCCUUUUUUUUUUUUUUUUGGUCUGUAUAAUGUGAAAAAGGAUCCUCUGACGAGGAGUGACCAUGUUUCGGAUCGUGGACACGAGAGCCAUUUUAAAGGCUGCUAGCGCUAAGUUGUUACAUGACACCUGCACGAGACGCUUGCACAGUACCUGCGAUGUGGCCAUCGUGGGCGCCGGCAUCGUGGGCUUGGCCACCGCCCGAGAGCUCCUCCUGCGGCACCCGGCCCUCAGCUUCACUCUGCUGGAGAAGGAGAAAGAGCUCUCCGCGCACCAGAGCGGCCACAACAGCGGCGUGAUCCACAGCGGCAUCUACUACACGCCGGGCUCGCUAAAAGCUCGGCUGUGCGUGCGCGGCGCGUCGCUGGCCUACGACUACUGCGACAAGAAAGGCUUGCCCUACAAGAAGUGCGGCAAGCUCAUUGUGGCGGUGGAACAGGAGGAAAUCCCUCGCCUCAAAGCGUUAUACGAGCGGGGGCUUAAGAACAACGUGCCCGGACUCAGCAUCGUGGACGCCAAAGGGAUCAGAGACCGAGAGCCGUACUGCAGGGGCGUCAUGGCUCUGGACUCCCCGAACACGGGCAUCGUGGACUGGCGGCAGGUGGCGCUGCAGUACGGCAAAGACUUUGAGGAGGCCGGCGGCAAGGUGGUCACGCAGUACGAAGUCAGUGACAUCGCCAUCGUCGGCGAGAGCCCAGCGGGGGGCACCGAAGGACUCAAAUAUCCGAUUGCCAUUAAAAACAAGAAGGGCGACGAGGUGCGCUGCCGCUACGUGCUGACCUGCGGGGGGCUCUACUCGGACCGCCUGUCGCAGAUCUCCGGGUGCAGCCGGGAGCCUCGCAUCGUCCCCUUCCGAGGCGACUAUCUGGUCCUCAAGCCAGAGAAACACUACCUGGUCAAAGGCAACAUUUAUCCCGUGCCCGACCCCCGCUUCCCCUUCCUGGGCGUCCACUUCACGCCGCGCAUGGACGGCAGCAUCUGGUUGGGCCCCAACGCCGUGCUGGCCUUCAAGAGGGAAGGAUACAAGAUCUACGACGUCAACGUGAGAGACAUGGCCGACGCGCUCUCCUUCAGAGGGCUCCAGAAGCUGGUGCUGAAGAACAUCUCCUACGGCAUCAGCGAGAUGUACCGAGGCAUCUUCAUCGGGGCGCAGGUCAAACUCCUGCAAAAGUACAUCCCCGAUCUGUCCCGCAGCGACGUGCUCAGGGGUCCGGCCGGCGUGCGGGCGCAGGCGCUGGACCGCGACGGCAACCUGGUGGACGACUUCGUGUUCGACGGCGGCGCGGGCAGCCUGGGCAGCCGCGUGCUGCACGUCCGCAACGCCCCCUCGCCCGCCGCCACCUCCUCGCUCGCCAUCGCCGAAAUGGUCGCCGACGAGGUGGAGAGCCGCUUUGCGCUCUGAUCGCGGGAUCGUCGGGACGCGGGCGAAAGGGGGUGCGGCCAUAAUUUGGGUUUUCAGAGGGUCGGGGGAACCACAUUUUAGAACACAUUUACUCAAGUUUUUAUUGCGGGGCGCACCGGCACUGGUCACCGGACAAUCGCAGGGCACAAAAAGACAAACGCUCGCAUCCGAGCCCCAUUUUAGAACCGAAUGUGGGAGGAAAAACCCGCACAAACGCUGGACUGCAGUCCUUGAGUUCGAAACCCGUGAUUUCGAGGCAUCGUUGAACCUCGCACGCAUGAGCGGUCAGACCCGUUUUUACGUGGCUGUAAGUGCCGCUUCCUCUUCUAUGGUAAUCAUAACUAUGAAAAUGUACCCCAAAAAAAGCCAAAGAAGAAAACAAAAUGCAUUUGGAAAGAGUUCACAAUUAGGUCUGCGGGUACGCUGGAGUCGAACCCGCGGCGUCAAACACCCCGGGGCUGAUCGCCAGCCUUUUGCAGGGCACAUAUACUGGAGACGUGACUUUAUGAAGCUAAUGUACAUUUUUGAGAUGUGGGAGUACCCGGGGAAAAGCCACUCGAGUGUGUUCGGUCAUUUUACAGAAAGACGCAUUUUAAGAUGAAGUAAAACGCACACACGCUGUACAGAACGUGAUCCGUUAACGCUUUGUUUUUCUUUCGCUUCUCCAUCGUGACCGCCAAUCGUCACGUUACUCCACCGUGACGUGCCUCUCAGGAUUUUGCCAUAUUUCAUAUUUACACCCACUCAAUUCAGCACGAUUGUGGCUGUUGAAUGUUACUAUCUUUUUUUUAUACAAUAAAGAUGCAUUUUUUCAAACGGUGAAAGUUUUGCCUCUGACUUGUUUUAUAAAUGUGAGUACACUUGGAGAGCUGCCAGUCAACGUUCGUCUUGUGUAGCAUUUAUUAAUUAUCCAAUGUGAUUUUCACUUUGGGAAUUACAGUUUGUGUCCACUAGGGGGCGUGCGAGCACUCAGGCAGACUGAAUAGCAACUAAAGGUAUAGCACGUUUUAUCUAUUUUUUUUAUCAUUUUGUUACUUUUAAAGUACACUACCAUUGUAAAAAAAAAUAAAAACAUAUAUAUAUAUACAUCUGUGUAUAUAUAGUAUAUAUAAAUAUAUAUUAAAAAAUGUUAUUGACCAUGUAUUUUCACACUGUUA